AUGAGGAUUACCCUAGGCGAACGGGUAACGGAGGACGAUUUAGCCAUCUAUCGAGAGGUGCUGCUGCAAAAGUGCCAGCUGGAGCAGGACAACCUGCAACGUACGCCGGAAACAAUUCAGUUUGGUAAACACGUGAUCGACACCUGGUACUCGAGCCCCUUCCCACAGGAAUACGCGAAACUGAAUGUGCUGUACAUGUGCGAGUUCUGCCUAAAGUACAUGAAAAGUGGCGCGGAACUCCGUCGGCACCAGAGAAAGUGUGCUUUGCGGCAUCCGCCGGGACUGGAAAUUUACCGCGACGGCGAUUUAGCGAUGUUCGAGGUGGACGGCAACGAGCAGAGGCUGUACUGUCAGAGCCUGUGUCUGCUGGCCAAGCUGUUUCUCGACCACAAGACUCUGUACUUCGACGUAGAGUCGUUUCUGUUCUACGUUAUGACCAAACGUGAUACUCGUGGCCACCACGUGGUGGGCUACUUUUCGAAAGAAAAGCACAACCAGGCUUGCUACAACUUGUCGUGCAUUCUGACGAUGCCACAGUACCAGCGACUGGGUUAUGGCCGCUUUCUGAUCGAUUUCAGCUAUCUGUUGAGCCGGGUAGAGCAGACAACUGGCACACCGGAAAAACCGCUCUCCGACUUGGGACGAGUAUCGUACCAGCGGUACUGGUGCUCGGCGGUCCUGUCCUUUCUGUACCUCAAUCGUUACGGUUCCCUAACGCUGGAGGGUAUUUCCAAGGAAACGGGAUUGUCGGUUGGCGAUGCUGUGCAGGCUUUGCGAAACCUGGGAUUCAUCUGGUACCGGCGUGUAGCGCGCACGUUCACGCCGAUCGUAUGCAUCGACUGGCGGCUUGUUGAUCGCCAUCACGAGCGUCGAAAGGGUUCCCCCAAACGGAUCGAACUGCGAGAGAUGUGUCUUCGUAUUCAACGAGUAUCGAGCACGAUGUCACACACGGGAUUCCACGAAGUCGAACACCCGACGACGAAUAAUGGAACAGGAGUCGGUGGCGGCGGUGGACUCGUACCGUGA